AUGCUGUGGAAAAUAACCAUUCCAGUCAUCCUAGCUGGGGUGCUCUGCAUUACAGCAGAGACCAAAAAGUCCCGGCCCCAGGGAUCCAUCCCCUCCCCGUACAAGACCAAAGGGAACCUGUCUUCAGAACGGCACCACCGGUUAUUGCAACAGAAACCAGAGGUGCUCUCCUCCAGCAGGGAGGCUUUAGUGGUGACAGAGCGCCGCUACCUCCGCAGAGACUGGUGCAAGACGCAGCCCCUCCGACAAACAAUCAGCGAGGAGGGCUGCCGCAGCCGCACUGUGGUCAACCGCUUCUGCUACGGCCAGUGCAACUCCUUCUACAUCCCCCGCCACAUGGGCCCCAGCUCUGGUCAGGGCCACAAUCGAGGCCAGGCCUCGGGCUCUGGAAGGAAAAGUCACAACAAGGCACAGGAGCCCUUCCAGUCCUGCUCCUUCUGCAGGCCACACCGCAUCACACAGCUCACAGUGCAGCUGGACUGCCCGGACCUGCAGCCACCCUUCAGACACCGUAAGGUGCAGAGGGUCAAACAGUGUCGUUGUAUGUCUGUGGAUGUAAGCGGCCACGGGAAACUGUGAAGAAGGAUGUGAAAAGUCCUUUAGAAUUAUAAGAACAUGCAGGGUUUGACAAGCUUUGCCAAACAAGGACUGGCUUCAAGUUGAACUAUUCACUUCCUGCAUCAUCUUGUGGGAUUAACAAGUUGACCCACAAUGAAAUGGCAUGAAAUAUUGAACUGGUACUAUUACACAAGGGCUCAACAAUGUUUAA